AUGGCUACUGCGGGGAGCCUGGCCACGAGACUGGGACAAAUACCCAGAACUCUGACCGAAGCAUCUCGCUCGAACGAUAAGAACAGAGGCGAGAAGAAGGUUGAAUCGCUCGAUAAAAUUCCUCAGUUCUUCGGCCCUACAACUGUCCAGAAGAAUAGCAUUGCAGUCAACCUGGCUGUGGGCAAGAGCACGGUCCGAGGAGCUAUCGGAGACAUCGAUAUGUCAAUUGAGGAUGGCUCUACAACCUCCGGCACCACAUUCACAAUCCGACUUACAGAAGUCAUGUACGUGCCCGACAUUCGAGUGAAUCUCAGCGGCAAUAAACUCGCUGAUAAUGGGAUUUCAGCAGAGUACAAACGCGACGGCCUCGUCCUACUCUGA